CUCUUUCUGGGGUCUUUUCAGCAAUAGUGCCAGAUAUGAUUUGUGCAGAAGCUUCCUGUAUGUCGCGUUAUCGGAAUUGAAUAGCCUAGCUUUAACCACGUUUCUUGGAUUCUCAUAGAGUGAUUGGCAUUAUUUAUGUCCAGAUGCUCCCUGAGAGACCAGUGGCGUACCACUUUUACGAUUCUAUGCCAUAAUAAAGUACUUGCUUACCAAGCCUUGAGAUCAAUUCUCAGAAUCUCUGCGCGCAUAGCCCCCUUUAUCUAAGAACCUAUGCCCAGCCUAUAUCCUUCCAGUGCGUUGCCGCUUAGAAAUUACUAGAUUUCAGUCAUCAUGGUUGUGGCGGGUGACACCGGCGCCGCUACGUACGAUGCGGCUCUCAAGCGUCGCCAAGAUAUGAUGGGCGCAUCUGGUCCUAUGGCCUUAGUCAAGAAUUUCAAAGUCUUUAGGAUCGCCCUAUUCGCAUGCAUUGGUGGCAUUCUAUAUGGCUACAACCAGGGAAUGUUCUCAGGUGUCCUUGCUAUGCCUGCCUUCAAGGCACACAUGGGCGAUUACGAUCCAUUCGAUGACUCGGCCGAUCAAACGAAGAAAGGAUGGUUGACUGCUAUUCUCGAACUCGGUGCUUGGGUUGGUACACUGCUAUCGGGCUUCAUCGCAGAAGCUAUUUCUCGUAAAUACGGUGUCCUAGUAGCGGUGACUGUCUUCGUAGUGGGAGUCAUCAUCCAGGCUACGGCUCAAUCGGGAGGGCCUAAUGUGAUUCUCGGAGGUCGCUUCGUCACGGGUAUGGGAGUUGGUUCCUUGGCCACGAUCGUGCCCAUUUACAACUCUGAGGUCGCGCCCCCCGAGAUUAGGGGCGCGCUCGUGGCGCUCCAACAGCUCGCUAUCACCUUUGGAAUCAUGGUUAGCUUUUGGAUAGACUAUGGCACCAACUAUAUCGGCGGCAUUACCCUCGGUACCCAGACGGAUGCAGCGUGGCUGGUACCCAUCUGCUUACAACUCUUUCCCGCCAUUAUCUUAUUUGUCGGAAUGAUCUUCAUGCCUUUCUCCCCGAGGUGGCUCGUUCACCAUGACCGCGAGGGCGAGGCACGCAAGAUUUUAGCCAACCUUCGCGGCCUUUCGGCCGACCACGAGCUCGUCGAAUUAGAAUUUCUCGAGAUCAAGGCACAGUCCCAAUUUGAAAAACGCACGGUAGCCGAGCAUUUCCCUGCCCUUAGUGAUCAGACUUCUUGGAAUACCUUCAAGCUCCAGUUUGUCGCUAUCAAAUCGCUUUUCCAGACCAAGGCAAUGUUCAAACGUGUUGCGGUUGCUACCAUCACUAUGUUCUUCCAGCAAUGGAGUGGAAUAAACGCCGUGUUAUAUUAUUCACCAACGAUUUUUAAGCAACUUGGUUUGAGCGACAACACAACUAGCUUAUUGGCAACCGGCAUCGUCGGUAUCGUCAUGUUUGUCUUCACCGUACCUGCUGUAUUGUAUAUCGACCGCGUUGGUAGGAAACCGGUUCUUGCUGUGGGCGCUAUCGGGAUGGCUACCUGCCAUAUCAUCAUCGCCGUAAUCGUGGCAAAAAAUGCGGACCGAUGGAGUAGCCAAAAUGCAGCUGGCUGGGCAGCCGUAGUUAUGGUGUGGCUUUUUGUAAUUCACUUCGGAUACUCCUGGGGCCCUUGCUCAUGGAUUAUUGUGGCCGAGAUCUGGCCGCUAAGCUCUCGUCCCUAUGGUACCUCGCUUGGUGCGUCAAGCAAUUGGAUGAAUAAUUUUAUUGUUGGUCAAGUGACACCGAUCAUGCUUAACCGAAUUGGCUACGGGACGUACAUCCUUUUCGGUCUUUUGACAUUUAUGGGCGCUGCGUUCAUCUGGUUCUUCGUGCCUGAGACGAAACGAUUAACUUUAGAAGAAAUGGAUGUUAUAUUCGGCUCCGAAGGCACUGCCCAGGCAGAUUUCGAGCGUAUGGAAGAAAUCAAUCGAGAGAUUGGACUUACUGCUAUGUUACAGGGCCUUGGUGGCAAUAGCAAUAAUAAGGACUUGGAAGAAAGGAAAGAGAAGAUCGACGACAGUCAAGACGCAUGAAAUCCCAUUCAGGGGGUAUAAUGACUUCACAGAAAACUUAUCUACCUAGGUACCUAAGCACACGUUGGAAUUGUUUAAUCUUUAAGACUCAAGGCAUGGCCUUCUUUCUGUUGCAAAUACCUACCUACAUUUAAUCAUGACUAGGUACCUGCCGGUUAUUUCACGAGUAGGUACCUAGAUAGUUAUGCGAGGAAAUCGGAUUUCCGUGUCAAAGUCCGAUAGGCGGCAAAAACACCAUCCGAUAGGUUCCUAACUAGGUAGAUAGAUUUUGUGGGUAUUAUCUUAUUUACCUCCUAAUAGUUACUUACCUAUGGUCU